UUUUUUUCUUUUACUUUCUUCAUCUCGUAUGUUUUUCUUUACUUCGCUCUUUUACUGGGUUGGUGUCUUGACCAUUGUGCCUUAUCUUCUCCUGGUGGCUUAUGGUGCCUAUGGUUGCCCUGAACAAAACUUAAAGGACAAAUACAACGCCAAAUGGGCUCUUGUCACUGGUGGCUCUUCUGGUAUUGGUGCUGCUAUUGUUCGUAAGUUUGCCAGUCAAGGUUUAAAUGUGGUUGUUGUUGCUCUUGAUGAUACUGUUCUUGCUGCAUUCAAAGAAACGAUUGUCAAAGAGUUCCCUCAGGUUGAGUUCCGUUUUAUUGGCUGUGAUCUCUCAAAUGCUACAGGUGAUUAUUUGGAAACCAUCAAACAAACCACAGGUGAUAUUGAUGUCCAAAUCCUGUGCAACAAUGCUGGUUUCAUUACCACUGGUGGUUAUGCUGAUAUUCCUCUUCCCCGUGAAAUGGCCAAUUUCCAUACCAAUGUCACUUCUGGCUUGACCUUGACCCAUUAUUUUGCUGAUCAAAUGCUCAAUAAGGGACAGCGUGGUUUGAUUACAUUUACUUCUUCAAGUGCUGCUUUUAUCCCCAAUCCUAUGUCUGCUUUGUAUGCUUCCACAAAGAUCUUUUUGACUACAUUUGCUGCUUCUAUUGCUGCUGAAUUAGCUGAGGCCAAGAUUGAUGUAUUGGCCAUUCAUCCCUCUCCUAUCAAUUCCAACUUUUACAACAAUGCUGGUAAAAUGUCUGCUCUCCUCUCCGCACAAAAGUUCUCGUCUCAUCCUUCCAUCAUUGCGGACACUAUUUGUCGUAAUGCAGGCAAGGUUGUUGUAUCAGAUCAAGGACCUAUCACUGUCGUCAUGAAAAUCUUGACUACCAAAAUCAUGGACUGGAAUGUGUUUACUGAAAUCAUGAAAAUAGGUCUCCGUUUUAAUGGAGACUAUAAGGCCAUGAAAGUAGUUCGUCCCAACAAGAAAGAAAAUUAAAGCGUUUUUUAUUUUUAUUUUAUUUAUA